AUGCAAGAAAUUGUUCAUGAAAAUUUGAAAGGAACACAGGAAAAACAAAAGAAAUUAUAUGAUCGGCAGAGUUCCCGAAGGCUUCUUGGGGUGGGAGAUAAGGUGUUAGUGUUGCUCCCUACGCUCGGAAGUAAAUUAGAGAUGAAAUGGCAAGGAUCCUUUAUUGUAAGUAAAGUGUUUGAGAAUGGAUUAAAUUAUGUUGAUAGGGGAAAGGGGGACAAACAAAAACGUGUAUAUCAUAUUAAUUUAUUGAAACUGUGGAAGACUCGGGAGGAGUUAGCAACAUUUUCGUGUUCGGGCCCUAUAAGUCGUGAGAAACAGGAGGGUUGUAACCCUUGGGGAAAUCAAAGAGAGACUUGGCGUGAUGUGGAAAUUUCCCCUGAGUUAAGCAACGAACAAUUGAGUGCUAUACAACUUUUGUUACAAGAAUACUCGGAUAUAUUUUCUAACAUUCCAAGUAUAGGACAUCUGUGA